UUGGGGAGUCGCAGUGAGCGGUGGCUGGCGGAGGGGGCGCUGGUCGGCCACCGCUGCCGCCCGUUGCUGGUGAUUGUGGUGGAGCCCGGCGCCUGGGAGGAGGGAGCGGAGCCAGCGAUGUUUCCCACUGUCACUCUCAGGGCUCUCCAGUUCAGCCUCGGGUGAAAAUGGCCACCAAGAGAAAGUGCAGCAGCAUUGGCACGACCCUCCCGACUGCUCUGUCAUCCCCUCACGCCGUCGGCUUGCGGCACUUCACAGGAUAAAAUUCCAACAUUGAAGGAGGAGGAGGAGAGGGGUGAGAAAAAACAACCAACCUUCAUCUCUCCUUCGUCCGCUCGAGGCAUUGAUUUUUCCUGGAUUGAUCGUGUUUUCAGGAAAUUGGGAAAAAUGAACAUGGUGAAAAGGAUCAUGGGCCGUCCACGGCAGGAAGAAUGUAGUCCUCAGGAUAAUGCACUUGGCCUUAUGCACUUACGCCGUCUCUUCAUGGAACUGUGUCAUUCACCAAGGCACAUGACCCAGAAGGAACAGGAGGAAAAGCUGUACAUGAUGCUGCCAGUUUUCAACCGGGUAUUUGGAAAUGCUCCUCCUGGCACCAUGAUGGAGAAAUUUUCAGAUCUCUUGCAGUUUGCUGCCCAGGUAUCGCGUUUAAUGGUGACUGAAAUUAGGAGAAGAGCCUCGAACAAAUCCACAGAGGCAGCUAGUCGUGCCAUUGUCCAAUUUCUGGAGAUUAAUCAAAGUGAAGAAUCAAGCAGAGGCUGGAUGCUUCUCACUACUAUCAACUUACUUGCAUCUUCUGGGCAGAAGACUGUGGACUAUAUGACGACAAUGUCUUUGCCUUCCACUCUGGUUAAAUGCCUCUAUCUAUUCUUCGAUCUCCCACAUGUGCCUGAUGCACCUGGAGGGGCACAGACAGAUUUACCACUUAGUGAACGGCGGGCACUGUUGCAGAAGGUGUUUGUACAGAUUUUGGUGAAACUUUGCAAGUAUGUGUCACCAGCAGAAGAGCUAGCCCAGAAAGAUGACCUCCAGCUUCUGUUCAGUGCUAUAACCUCUUGGUGUCCUCCACAUAAUAUCCUCUGGAGAAAAAGUGCAGGAGAGGUACUAAUGACCAUAUCUCGCCAUGGACUCAGUCUCAAUGUUGUCAAGUAUAUACAUGAAAAAGAAUGUGUGGCCACUUGUAUCCAGAACAUGCAGCAAUCAGAAGAUCUUUUACCCCUAGAAAUUGUUGAAAUGUUUGCUGGACUGUCCUGUUUCCUUAAAGACUCCAGUGAUAUAUCUCAAGUUCUUUUAGAUGAUUUUAGGUCCUGCCAAGGUUAUCAAUUCCUUUGUGACCUUCUGCUCAGGUUGGAGCAAAUAAAUGAACCUGAUGCCAAAGAGGCCGUGAAAGACUUAGUUCAAUUGGUGACCUCAUUGACGAUAUAUGGGAUCAAUGAAUUGAGAUCCACUGGCAUAACUAGCGGAGCACCUUUUCUUCUGCCAGGAUUUGCAGUACCACAACCUUCUGGCAAAGGUCGCACAGUAAAAAAUUUCCAAGCAUUCUCUGUUCUUCAAAUUGCCUUCUUAAAAGCAAAGUCGAGCCAUCUUGCCAGAACCAUCCUUGAUGCCAUUUCAGACCUGUAUGUUGCAGAUAAUGCUAAUUACUUCAUCCUAGAAUCACAGCAUACACUUUCACAGUUCGCUGAGAAGAUUUCCAAAGCACCUGAGGUGCAAUCCAAGUACUUUGAAAUGUUGGAGUUUAUUAUCUUCAGCUUAAACUAUAUUCCUUGUAAAGAACUAAUAAGUAUCAGUAUCUUAUUAAAGUCCAGCACCUCUUACCAAUGUAGCAUCACUGCAAUGAAGACACUUGUGAAAUUUGCUCGCCAUGAUCCUAUUUUUAGAGAUGUAUAUCGAGAAGUUGGAUUGCUUGAAGUGAUGGUCAAUCUCUUGCACAAAUACGCUGCCCUACUGAAAGAGCCCAUUCAGAGUUUUAAUGAGCCAGAAUACAAAACAAAUUGUUCAUUUGAAGACCGAAAACAGCUUGCCUUAUUAGUGAUGGAGACGCUGACGAUACUGCUGCAAGGAUCAAACACAAAUGCAGGUGUUUUCCGGGAGUUUGGAGGAGCACGAUGUGUGCACAACAUAGUGAAGUAUCCACAAUGUCGUGAACCUGCACUGAUGAUUAUACAACAGUUAAUUUUGUCCCCUAGUGGAGAAGAUGAUAUGGGUACAUUGUUAGGACUAAUGCACACUGCUUCAUCUGCAGAACUGCAACUCAAAACUGAUAUUCUGACAGCUCUUCUCACUGUGCUGAGAGAAAGUCACCGCACACGAACAGUGUUCCGAAAAGUUGGGGGUUUUGUUUAUGUCACAUCAUUGUUGGUUGCCUUGGAGCGAUCCUUGAGUUAUGAACCCAAGGGAGUGUGGGAAAAUGUGAACUCGGACCAAGCCUUUGAACUAGUGCAUACAGUUAUUUGCACAUUAACAGCAGCAAUGCGUUAUGAACCUGCUAAUUCUCAUUUUUUCAAAACUGAAAUUCAAUAUGAGAAACUUGCAGAUGCUUUGCGUUUGCUUGGCUGUUUCUCAAAUGCACGACAAUUAGAUUCGGUUACUUGCUGUCCUUCAAAUAUCCAACCGUUUCAAAGAAUGCUUGAAGAUGAUGCACCAUUGGAAUCUGUUUGCCCAACACUGAAAUAUUGUAGUAAAGUUUUCUCUUGUCUCUACAAAAUGGCCACAGACUCUUUUGAUAGACCAGGCUAUCAUGCAGUAUCAACGCCUCCUGUGUUCCCAGCCAAAUCUGUCACAGAAGUAAAACUACAAAAUGCAUCGACUUCCUUGCAUACUUCUGAUCCAGUCAUCAUACAUCCUGGAGCUGUGCUUGCAAUGUUAGACUUGUUGGUCUCAGCGAGUGUCAGUGAACAAUUUGAGGUAGGAAAGUAUGCAAUAGAUCUUCAGCUUGCAGUGGCCAAUAUCUUACAGUCGCUCAUCCAUUCAGAGAGAAAUCAACAAGUGAUGUGUGAAGCAGGGCUUCUUGAACGACUUCUACAUAGAUGUAGUUCUGCUCUAUCUGAUGAAGAUCAUCCUCUGCACCCACCACUCCAAAGAAUGUUUGAGCGAUUGGCUUCACAGUCAUUAGAACCAGUGGUCCUUAGAGAAUUUCUCCGCCUUGGUAAUCCAUUGAAUUGUGGGGCCUGGGAUAAGAAGUUGAUCAAUGUAUAUAGAGUCCACAAGCCAAGCUCUUUAAGUUGUGAUGCAGAUAUGAGAGGGAAUAUGACCACGUCUCUGGAUGGCUUUGGUUCUGAUAUUGUAUUUGGCUUGAAUGAAGAUAACACUCACUACAGGAUUAGCAAAAGUUUGCUCAAAGGGACCGAAGGCAGUACAGUACCUCUGACCAGAGUGAAGUGCUUAGUAUCCAUGACUACACCACAUGAUAUUAGGCUUCAUGGUUCAUUAGUCACCCCAGCAUUUGUGGAAUUUGAUACAGCUCUGGAAGGGUUUGGCUGCCUAUUCUUGCCUAGUUUGGCUCCACAUAAUGCACCUAACAACACUGCCACCGCUGCAGGAGGUGUUAAUGAUGGAGCUGUUACCAGUGGACUUGGUGCAGGUGAACGAUUCUUUCCACCACCUUCUGGGCUUACUUAUUCAACUUGGUUUUGCAUUGAGAGACUUAGUACUCCUCUGAACAAUCAACCUGUUCGGCUUCUUACCCUCGUUCGAAGGUCAAACUCAUCUGACCAGCAUUUCAUUUGUCUUGCUGUUGUAUUUUCUGGGAAAGACAAGUCCCUGCUGGUUUCAACUAAGGAAGAGUUCCUGCAAAAUUAUGUUGAUGACUUCAGUGAAGAGUCGUCCUUUUAUGAAAUUCUUCCCUGCUGUGCCCGAUUUCGCUGCAGUGAUCUGAUUAAUGAGGGACAGUGGCAUCACCUGGUACUUGUGAUGAGUAAAGGAAUGUUAAAGAACAGCACUGCUACCUUGUAUGUGGACGGUCAGCAUGUUAACACAGUAAAGCUUCAUUAUAUCCACAGUUCACCUGGUGGAUCAGGGUCAACUAAUCUGCCAGUUGUUAGCACAGUGUAUGGCUACAUUGGAACACCUCCAGCUCAGCGUCAGGUCUCAUCGUUAGUAUGGCGUCUAGGACCUACACACUUCUUGGAGGAAGUUUUACCUGCUUCCAGUAUUUCUAUCAUUUAUGAAUUAGGACCAAAUUAUGUUGGUAGCUUCCAAGCUGUGUGUGUUCCAUGCAAGGAUUCAAAAUCUGAAAUGGUCAUUCCAUCUCCCAUCAGUCUGAUUCCUGAGGAGAAAGUAUCUUUUGGGUUGUAUGCACUUUCAGCCUCUUCACUCACAGUGGCCAGGAUUAGAAAAAAUUACAACAAGGUGGACAGCAAAACCAUAGCCAAACAGAUGGCCAUUUCCUCGCAUGAAAAUGCUACACCAGUAAAACUGUUGCAUAAUGCUGCAGGGCAUUUAAAUGGACCAGCACGGACUAUUGGUGCAGCUCUUAUAGGAUACCUAGGUGUGAGGACCUUUAUUCCUAGGCCUGUUGCCACUACGUUACAAUACAUUGGUGGAGCAGCUGCUAUUUUAGGCUUGGUUGCAAUGGCAUCGGAUGUUGAAGGCCUCUACGCUGCUGUGAAGGCUCUUGUUUGUGUGGUAAAAAGUAAUGCACUGGCAAGCAAAGAGAUGGAGAGGAUUAAGGGCUAUCAACUCCUGGCAAUGCUGCUGAAGAAGAAGCGGAUUCUGUUGAACAGUCAUAUUCUCCAUCUUACAUUUUCGUUAGUGGGAACUGUUGACAGUGGCCAUGAGACCAGUAUCAUUCCUAAUUCUAAUGGAUUUCAAGAUUUGCUUUGUGACUUUGAUGUCUGGCUUAAUGCACCAUAUGAACUUCAUCUGUCAUUGUUUGAACACUUUAUUGAACUUCUCACUGAAUCAAGUGAGGCUUCUAGAAAUGCCAAGUUAAUGAGGGAAUUCCAAUUGGUACCAAAGCUUCUGCUCACUUUGAGAGAUACAUCCUUGUCCCAAAUGACCAUUGCAGCUAUCAGUAACGUGCUCAGCCUUUUGCUGCAAGGUUUUCCAAACAGCAAUGACCUGCUCAGGUUUGGUCAGUUUCUGUCUUCUACGUUGCCCACUUUUGCAGUCUGUGAGAAGUUUAUUAUCAUGGAAGCAAAAAAUGAGGAAAAGGAAGAGGGUGUCGAUGAUGAUUUGGGUGGCCUUGUUUCAGCUAAUACCAUUCUGUUGAGAAACAGACUUUUGGAUAUCCUGCUAAAGUUAUUGUAUACUUCAAAAGAGAAAAACAGUGUUAAUCCACAAGCAUGUGAAGAAUUGGUGAAGAUUUGGGGUUUUGACUGGCUUCUGAUGUUCAUGGAAGAGCACCUGCAUCCCUCUACUGUCACUGCAGCAAUGCGAAUUCUUGUUGUACUGCUGAGCAACCAGUCAAUCCUUGCCAAGUUUAAGGAAGGGCUUUCUGGAGGAGGCUGGCUCGACCAGACUGACUCUGUUCUCACAAAUAAAAUUGGAACUGUAUUAGGUUUCAAUGUUGGCAGAAUUGCUGGUGGUAGAUCAACAGUGCGUGAGAUAAACCGUGAUGCUUGUCACGUCCCUGGGUUUUAUAUUCUUCAGUCAUUCUUACCUAAACAUACCAAUGUGCCUGAACUAUAUUUUCUGUUGAUGGCCCUCUUCCUCCAACAGCCAGUUACUGAACUGCCAGAAAGCCUUCAGUUUGAUUUGGAUUCUAUUUGGACAUUUAUCUUCGGUGUUCCUGCUUCCAGUGGAACAGUAGUUGCAUCAGUUCACACAGUAUGCUCAGAAUCUGCUUUUCUAUUGUUGGGAAUGCUGAGGAGUAUGCUCAAUCUUCCCUGGCAGUCUGAAGAGGAAGGUUCUUGGCUUAGAGAGUACCCAGUCACUUUGAUGCAGUUUUUUCGUUACUUAUAUCACAAUGUUCCAGAUUUAGCUCCACUUUGGACAAGUCCAGAUUUCCUUUGUGCUUUUGCAGCAACAGUCUUUCCUUUUAACAUCAGACCAUAUUCAGAAAUGGUGACUGAUCAUGAUGAUGAUGUCGGCUCUCCUGCUGAAGAAUUCAAAGCAUUUGCAGGUGAUACAGGCAUGAAUAGGAGUCAAUCAGAAUAUUGUAAUGUCGGGGCAAAGACUUUCCUCACCAACCACCCUGCCAGGAAGUUUGUAUUUGAUUUCAUGCGUGUCCUUGCGGUAGAAAAUUUAUGUCUUGCACCUGCCAGCAAACAGACUACUCUCAUAGACCUGUUAUUAGAGGCCUCACCUGACAGAUCAACACGAGCUCAGCAAAAAGAAUUCCAAACUUGCAUCUUAGACAGUGUGAUGGAUCAUUUAUUGGCAGCAGAUGUUUUGUUAGGUGAAGAUGCAACACUACCAAUUACCAGUGGAGGAAGUUACAAUAUAUUAGUGAACAAUGUAUUUUACUUCACACAACGACUCGUGGACAAGCUUUGGCAAGGCAUGUUCAGCAAGGAAUCCAAACUUGUGGUUGACUUUAUUGUUCAGCUGAUAGGACAGUCUAAACGGAGGUCCCAAGGUCUCUCUCUGGAUCCUAUUUACCACUGUCUAAAUCGAACAAUACUCUACCAGUUAUCAAGGCCGCAUAAGACUGUUCCACAACAAGUUGCCCUUUUAGACUCUUUACGUAUCCUGACAGUCAACCGCACACUUAUACUUGGACCUGGUAAUCAUGAUCAAGAGUUCAUUGGCUGUCUAGCACAUUGUUUAAUUAGCCUGUAUGUUGGAAGUAAUCUUGAGGGUUUUGGCCUGGAAGCAGAAGCAAGAAUGACAACAUGGCACAUCAUGAUACCUUCUGAUCUUGAACCAGAUGGAAACCAUAGCCAAGAUAUUAGUGAAGGUCGACAGCUUCUUCUCAAAGCUGUAAAUCGGGUUUGGACUGAGCUCAUUGUCAACAAAAAACAAACUUUGGAGGAGAUCUUUAAAGUUACACUACCCACAAACGAGCGUGGGCUAGUGGAUUUGUCAACUGCAAGGCCACUCAUUGAGGAUGCUGCUUUAAAAUGCUGGCAGAAUCAUAUAGCCCAUGAGAAGAAGUAUAUUAGUAGAGGAGAAGCAAAUGUAGCCCCUGCAGCACAGUCAAAACUCUCACGUGUGAGCAGUGGAUUUGGCUUGUCAAAGCUGACUGGAUCCAGGCGAAGCAGAAAAGAAAGUGGAAUCAGUAAGACCAACCUCACAUCACAGGAAAUUUCCCAGUGGAUGUUCACCCACAUCGCUGUUGUGCGGGAUUUAGUGGAUAUGCAAUAUAAAGAAUACCAGGAGCGUCAACAAAAUGCCCUCAAGUAUGUGACUGAAGAAUGGGCCCAGAUAGAAUAUGAGCUGUUGCGAGAAAGAGGUUUAUGGGGUCCUCCAAUUGGAUCACAUCUUGAUAAAUGGAUGUUGGAAAUGCCAGAGGGGCCCUGCAGAAUGAGAAAGAAGAUGGUGCGAAAUGAUAUGUUUUAUAUACAUUAUCCUUAUUUACCAGAAAAUGAGCAGGAGUCCACCAGUUUGCAGUUGCUCAACGCUAGUAAACUGCCUGAGAUCCCUUGGUUUGAUGAUGACAAUAUGGUCUCUGAGAAGAAACCUGCUCGCUACCGCAGAGCUAUAAGCUAUGACAGUAAAGAGUACUACUUGCGGCUAUCUGCUGGAAAUCCUACAAUGUAUCCAGAUACAAUUGAAGAGAGUUCAGAGGGUGAAGCCACACAUCAUGAACCAGAGCAUGGAGAAGAUACAAUUGCAAGAGUCAAAGGAAUUGUGAAGCCUCCACUGAAACGUUCACGAUCUGCUCCUGAUGGUGGUGAUGAAGACAAUACAGAACCUUUCCUUGAUCAGAUCUCUGAGGGAAGUUCAAUGGAUGAAGAAGAGAAGACAGACAACCAGACCCUGCUACGGUUAUUAGAAGAGGGGGAAAAGAUUCAGCACAUGUACAGAUGUGCUAGAGUACAGGGACUGGACACCAGUGAAGGUCUUCUCUUGUUCGGCAAAGAGCAUUUCUAUGUGAUUGAUGGCUUCACAAUGACUGCAACUAGGGAAAUCCGUGAUAUUGAAACUCUGCCUCUAAACACACAUGAGCCUAUCAUUCCAAGAGGAGCACGUCAAGGGCAGAGUCAGCUGAAGAGGACUUGCAGUAAAUUUGCAUAUGAAGACAUCAAAGAAGUGCAUAAGAGACGUUAUCUCCUACAGCCUAUUGCAGUUGAAGUUUUCUCUGGUGAUGGGCGAAACUAUCUCCUAGCCUUCCAAAAAGGUGUUCGAAAUAAAGUGUAUCAAAGAUUUUUAGCUGUUGUUCCUUCCUUGACUGAUAGCUCUGAGUCUGUAUCUGGCCAACGGCCAAAUACAAGUGUGGAACAGGGAUCUGGUUUGCUUAGUACUUUGGUUGGAGAGAAGUCUGUAACACAAAGGUGGGAGAGAGGAGAAAUCAGUAAUUUCCAAUAUCUCAUGCAUCUGAACACAUUAGCAGGCAGAUCCUAUAAUGACUUGAUGCAGUAUCCCGUGUUCCCAUGGAUUCUUGCAGACUAUGAUUCUGAGGAACUCGAUCUUGCAAAUCCUAAAACAUUUCGGAACCUGGCUAAACCGAUGGGGGCUCAGACUGAUGAGAGAUUAGCUCAAUAUAAGAAACGGUAUAAGGACUGGGAAGAUCCAAAUGGUGAAACUCCAGCAUAUCACUAUGGCACACACUAUUCUUCUGCCAUGAUUGUAGCUUCUUAUUUAGUAAGAAUGGAGCCAUUCACCCAAAUAUUUCUCCGGCUCCAGGGUGGCCAUUUUGAUCUUGCUGAUCGAAUGUUUCACAGUGUACGAGAGGCCUGGUAUUCUGCAUCCAAACACAACAUGGCUGAUGUAAAAGAACUCAUUCCAGAAUUCUUUUAUCUUCCAGAGUUCCUUCUAAACUCCAACAACUUUGAUCUAGGUUAUAAGCAGAAUGGCAUAAAAUUAGGAGAUGUGUUGUUGCCACCGUGGGCCAAAGGGGACCCAAGAGAAUUCAUCAGAGUUCAUCGUCAGGCAUUGGAAUGUGACUAUGUCAGUUCACACUUACAUGAAUGGAUCGACUUGAUCUUUGGUUACAAGCAGCAAGGUGCACCUGCGGUCGAAGCAGUCAAUGUCUUCCAUCAUCUGUUUUACGAAGGGCAGGUGGACAUUUAUAAUAUUAAUGAUCCACUAAAGGAAACUGCAACUAUUGGCUUUAUCAAUAAUUUUGGACAAAUUCCCAAACAGCUUUUUAAAAAACCUCAUCCACCAAAGCGAACACGUAGCCGGAAUAAUGGAGAACCAUCUGGUGUACCAACCUCUCUGAGCUGUACCACUGACAAGAUCUUCUUUCAUCAUUUGGAUAAUCUCCGACCAUCUUUGGCACCUGUUAAAGAACUGAAGGAACCAGUGGGACAGAUCAUUUUUACAGAAAAAGGUGUUCUAGCAGUAGAACAAAACAAAGUACUAAUUCCUCCCAGUUGGAACAAGACAUUUGCCUGGGGAUAUGCAGAUCUCAGUUGCAGAGUUGCAAAUUAUGAAUCUGACAAGGCUUUGAUAGUAUAUGAAUGCCUGAGCGAAUGGGGACAGAUUUUCUGUGCAAUUUGUCCCAACCCUAAAUUGGUUGUUACUGGAGGAACAAGUACUACGAUCUGUGUUUGGGAAAUGGGUACCUCCAAGGAGAAAGCUAAAGCACUGAUCCUGAAACAGGCACUCCAUGGGCACACAGAUGCAGUUACUUGUUUGACUACUUCUUCAGCCUAUCACAUAAUAGUCAGUGGAUCACGAGAUCGCACGUGUAUCAUUUGGGACUUGAAUAAACUGUCUUUUGUCACACAACUGCGAGGCCACAAGGCACCAGUGUCUGCUUUAUGUAUUAAUGAAUUAACAGGAGACAUUGUCUCUUGUGCUGGAACGUAUAUUCAUGUAUGGAACAUCAAUGGAAGCCCGGUGGUAAAUGUAAAUACAUUUACAGGACGCAGCCAGCAGAUUUUUUGCUGCUGUGUAUCUGAGAUGAGCGAGUGGGACACGCAGAAUGUUAUAGUCACUGGACAUUCAGAUGGUGUGGUCAGGUUUUGGAGAAUGGAGUUUCUGCAGGUUCCAGAAACCCCAGCUCCAGAAGAGACUAUGAAGCUUCCAGAAGAUGUGGAUGAUUCUUCUGCAGAUGUACAGAUAGAUGGGGAUGCUCAGGAUGAGGAAAGCAGUGAUUCAGACCUGGAGGAUCAAUGCAACAUCCAGGACCCAAAACCCAAACAAAGUGUAUCUGGCUGUGCAGCAAAUAAAGCAAAGGGCAUAUCCGGCCGAGCAGCAUGGUUUGUAGAUGGAGAUGAAUCAAAGCGUUGGGCAGAUCAACUCAGCCUGGAUGAGAAGGAUGGUUUUGUUUUUGUAAAUUACUCAGAAGGCCAGCCUAAGUUCCAACCACAAGCUCAACAACAGCCUCCAAUUCAAAGUCAAAUGCACUAUCACCAUCAACUUCAACAGCAUUCAAUGCAGAAUGAAAUAAAACGCCAUAACCAACUAAAACAAGGAUACAGAUGGGAGCGGCAGUUGGUAUUUCGAAGCAAAUUGACAAUGCAUACUGCAUUUGAUCGAAAAGACAAUUGUCACCCUGCAGAAAUUACUGCAUUAGGCCUUUCUAAGGAUCACAGUAAAAUUCUGAUAGGUGAUGCACGAGGUCGGGUAUUUAGCUGGUCAGUGAGUGAUCAGCCAGGGAGGACAGCUGCUGACCACUGGAUUAAAGAUGACGGAGGGGAUUGCUGUUCAGGAUGUUCAGUGCGCUUCUCUCUAACUGAGAGACGGCAUCACUGCAGAAACUGUGGGCAACUCUUCUGUCAAAAAUGUAGUCGAUUUCAGUCUGAAAUCAGGCGCUUGAAAAUCUCCUCACCAGUCCGUGUCUGUCAGAAUUGUUACUACAACCUGCAGCAAGAGAAGGGAGCUGAAGAAAGCUCCAGGAACUAAUAGGUCAUUGAUUUAUCAGUGACCAAACAAGCAGAAUCCUUGUUACUCCCAGCUAUUUCAAAUGAUUUUAUGCAAAAGGAAACAAUGUGGGGAGUUUAAAAAAAAGAGUUUACAUAGAUUUCUUUGUACUGUGUUGAAGCACUGUAAUAUACUGACUGGAAAGGGAUCAUUGCCUUGCAGUUAAUGUACCCAUCUCUCUACCUAACUCAUGGAUGGUUUGAAUGUUCUGAAAUGUGCUGAGAUUAUGGUUUUAGAAGUUCUGGACUUAAACCAUCUUUCAAACAUCUUGAUGAUGUCACCCAUAUUCAUGAAAAUAGUGGCUUGUAAGAUUUUAAAUGUAAAUCUGCCACUUUCACAAAAACCCUAUUGUUUAUAGUGUAAAUAGUUGUAGUGGCCUUUUUAACAAGAGGAACUUCUGAAUUGCCUGUUAAAAGAUGUCCUAUUAUAACCACUAAUUGUGUGAUUUAAGAAAUCAAUAGUUGUGUCCAGCAUCAUUCAGUAACUAUUUUAGGAGUCAAUGAAAAUGUGCAAAUGCUAAUUAUUAUCAAUUGCAUUUAUACCUUGCAUUGUUUUUUUUUCCAUUUUAAUUAUUGUUUGAUGCAAACAAUAAUGAAUUUGUGAGUUUGUUUACUCCAUUACAGAAGCUUCAUGGUAUUGAAGAAAGAGGGGCAUGCAGCAGUUUCAAACCAGCCAUGUCAUUGUACUGAUUUAUUUUCAGAGUAACAGCUUCCUCGGUGUUCAUACUUUAUUGAAAAUAUUAAAAUAUGUCUGGGGAUAAUCAUGCUAUAACAUCAGUAUCUGUGUUUUAACAAACAAUUAUUCAACCCUAUCCUUUUUAUGAGCAAUAGGAGACUAGCAAUGCUUGAAAUGCUGUCAGCAUUGCACUGCCACAGUGCAAGACUUUGAUUUUGCCUGUGUGCUUUUGAAGUGGGCUGAGGGGAAAAGAGGGGUGGAUGGGGAGACAAAAAAAUAAAUCUAGUGACUUCCUUGCCGUUACAUUCUGUUUCAGCACGCUCAGUACACUGCAAUUAGGGUCACAAUAAAACGGAAAUAUAUCUAAAGUUUGACUCUUGUAAUUUGAGUAAAUGCAUUUUCUACUUUAUCCAAGCUGUUUACGAAAUGUUGAUGUAUUCUAGACCAGCAAGUAUAAAAGCAGUAUUUUCUCUGUGCAUCUAUAUAUAUGACAUAUUAAGUCACAAUGCAGUCAUGCAGCAUCAUUUAAAACAGUAAGUUAUAUCCUGUGUCAUAUGAUGGUAAAGCAAGAUGACAUGUCAGAAUCUUCACUGCAGCGUGUAAAACAUGCUUUUACUUCCAAACGUUUUCUCCAUUUAUUAACAUUACAGGAUAGUUUGUUAGCAACAAUUUCAUGAUUUUACUUACCUAGCUGCCCUUUAAUAGCCAUGUAGUGAAUUUAUUUCACAAAAUGGUUUCCACAUGUUUCAUUGGUUGACAUACUAUAAAUGUUGUAUUGUACCAGUCAGUUCAGUGUUUAUGGACUACGGACAGCUGGCGUGAUGCUCCUGGUAACUUCUUAUAUUUAAAAAAAAUGUAAACAAGUUUGAAAAGGAAAAUACAAGUCAGUUUUAUUUACAGAAUUCCUUUAUAAUGGACCUCAGUAUUUUAUAUUAGCCUUCAACAAAUAUUGCUGUUAAAUAACAGCCAAUGUCUGUAAGCACAUUGACUGGGACAAAGAAGCAACUACUGGUAGUUGUUAAUGUGUUACAUAUAGUGAGGGUUUCUGGGAAUCAGACUAGAUUGUAGAUUCAUUGGCUGUUAAAGGCCACUUGCCCUAUUGCAGUGGUACUGUGGGCAGUAAACGUUUCUUUUCACGUUAAAUGCUGCUACCAAUGCAAGGAUCGCCACUUAGGAGGGUAAACGAUCCUCAUGUUUAUUUAAGAUGAUUUUUGUGUUUAAAAUUGUGUUGGGCAUAUCAACACGUACUAUAUCAUAAUCUGUAGAAAGCACUCGGAGCAAUCCUUUUGUCCCAACUAUACGCUUUGUGCAUAACAAACAUUUUCAUCUUCCCACUCCCUUUGUGUAAACGCAUUAUUCAUGUGUACUUAUCUGUAUAAUGUAUUCUGCAAUUUGUACCAUCAUGCUUACAACUGUAGAAUCCGCUGCUAAAGGGCAACACUUGUCUACAUUGAUACUAAAAGUUACAACAAUGAUUUUGCACCUUCCUAUUGUGUAUAAAACUGGUAGGAACCAUUUUAUCAUAUACAUUUUCUCAAUCAUUUUAAAGACAGCGUUUCUUUACAGUAAAUGAACUGUAUAAUAUUUAUGCAAUUAUACUGGUUUUGAAGUAUUUUUAAUUUCAGCAAGUUUUGUUACUUGUUGCAUGAUUAACACUGCUGACUUUUUGUGUCAGUAAAAUGUAUAUUGUUUUCCACUUCUUUUUGUUUAAUAUAUUAAUCAAUUACUUGUACCCCUCCCUCCCCAGGUGACCAUUAUCUGUACAGUAAUGAAUCUGAAAUGAAGAAAACUAGCUGAACUGGAGUGGGAUUUUUGUACUAUAUAUGAGAACUGAAAUCCUUGUUUUGGUGGUUCCUGUGCUAGACUGAUGCAUUAUAUUAGUGUGUAAACUGUGGUAUCUGAAUGUUCAUUGUAUAUUUGUCUUUAAUGCAAAAGAGCUACAGUCACACAAAUACAUAUGUAACUAAUGCAAUAGAGACAAGUCCUGGUACUAAACUUUUUCAUUUAA